AUGGUUCUCACGGAUUCCUUUCGACCGACCGAUCGGUCAGGUCCCUUCGUCAGGAUUCCCCCGGAGUUACACCAUUUCAGCGCAACGACCGCCCCGAGUGACAAUGAGACUUCCUCGUCGCAUUCCGGUAGCCCGGCAGAUGGGAGUCUUUACUCCCCUCCUUUGUCGACCGGACGCUGCUCCACCGAUAUAAAGAAUGAGCCUCACCAUCAAUACCAGCUCGGUUCGCCACAUCCUCCACCGUCGCUUCAGAUUCGCACCGAUCUUCCGGGCUCCGCUCAUUCCAACUCGUCCAAAGAGUCCGAUCCUUUCGUGCAUCAUAGCGUCUCAUCCAGCAGUCUCCCUCACAGAACCCCCAGCUUGCGCGGCCUGUUCGCCGGCUCCCUUCCUAGCGGAACUUCCCUCUCGCCAGCUUCCGUUCUGUCGUCGCCGCAGUUGAUGGCUAUGGGUGACAUCACUCCCCUGCCAUCCCCAGUCAGCGGCACCUCGCCAUGGAAGCUUCCCCGACGCAAUUCACAAUCGCUCUCGCGGACCCCGUCGUCCGCAUCGAGAACCGGGUCGAGUCGGGGGUUGCGACUGAGUGACUCGUCGCAAAUGCUGGGCGUUUCUGACGCUCGGUCGCGCAGCAAACCAUACGCCCCCCUAGACAGUUCCGCCGGUGAGAAACAGCCUGACGAGGUCGGUCGGGAAGUCAAGGCUCCGAAGCAUGGGCGGAACCGGAGUUUGAGUGAGUACGUCCCCCCGGGUAAAAGCGUCCCGAUUAAGCCUCGUCCAGUUGUGGUCUCGGGAUCCGGCGCACCCAACGGGAUCUCGUCCUCCUGCAGCACCGACUCCAAGGCGAACGCCCUGCAUCGCGAACAGUACUUGGCUGUGCACCGUGGCAUCACCCUGCCGGCCGUCCACCCUCCAUCCCCGCCGAGGAGUCGGCACGACGCCGAAAACACGCCCGUCAUCACCCAUCCCCAGGUGGCCGACGGACCGGAUGAAGUGUACUCGGUGCGGUCGAUACGCACUCAACAACCGCGACUCUAUCGUAAAAUGCGCCAGCUGGGUCAGGGUACUUUCAGUCAGGUCUGCCUGGCUGUGAGACUGGAAAUCCCGGAGGGCGGUGAGCUCCCGCAGACUGGUUCUAGUCUUACUGGUGUGAAUGCGGCGACGCAGAAACUGGUUGCAGUGAAGAUCAUCGACCACGGUCCGGCGGGUGGCGCGGACGAAGAGCGAUUGGAGGUAUCCCUCAAGCGGGAAGUCGAUAUUCUCAAGUCAAUCAACCACCCGUCUCUCGUGCAACUGAAGGCUUUUGGGAGUGACGAAAACCGGGCGUUGCUGGUUCUGGACUAUUGUCCCGGAGGAGAUCUCUUCGACCUGGCGUCGUCUAGUCCCAGACCCAUUUGCCCGCAGCUGAUCCGGCGCAUGUUCGCCGAGAUGGUCGGCGCCGUGCGCUAUCUGCACGAGAACUAUAUUGUUCAUCGGGACAUUAAACUUGAAAAUGUUCUAGUCAACCUCCCUAUCUCCGCCAUGGAGAAUGUUACCGACUGGCGCACGUACGAUCGCGCCAUCAUCACCAUCAGCGAUCUCGGUCUCUCCCGACGGAUACCUCAGCCGCCAGAAAACGCGCUGCUUCAUACCCGCUGCGGAAGCGAGGAUUACGCCGCACCGGAGAUCCUCAUGGGACAGGCAUACGACGGACGGUCGACCGACGCCUGGGCCCUCGGAGUGUUGCUCUAUUCCAUGAUGGAGAACCGACUUCCAUUUGACGCACUUCCCGGCACUCGAGGGGACCCCAACAAACUUCGAGCUCGGACCCCCCACCGAAUCGCACGACUCGAAUGGUCGUGGUACCGCUACGCCGACGCCGACGGAGAAUGGGACCCCGAGAAGGGCAAGGAACUUGAGGAUGCUCGCAAAUGCGUCGAGGGCCUUCUUAAGCGCAACACGAAACGCAUGAGCCUGGAUGAGAUCGCGUCGAUGGAAUGGGUGCGCGAUGCGAUCGACGUGCCCGGGGGACUGAAGAGGGCGAGGAUUGGUGCCGGGGAGUCUCAGGCCGACUCCGGCCCCGACUUCGCUGCGGAGGGAAGCUCUGCCCCGGUCCACUUUUCUGCUCGCGGCCUUUAUUAUUGUCGUCCACGGCCAGACUCUGUGUCACUGUCAACUCUCCUCUCCUCCGUCAUAUCCAGUCUGGUGCCUGCCGUCGGUCGAUUGCACACCUGUGAAAAUGCUUCUUUCGCAAACCCGGGGCCGUAUGCCCUCUGCUCUGCGGAGCCUGGCCCAGCGGUCGAUGACUGCCUGACCUGGUACCUCAAUGGCAGUCGCCCUCUCUCUACCACCCUCCCUAGACAUAAGGCCGCCGCCUCCGACGAGGAACUCGUCCUCAACAAGGUCUCCCGCAACAUCACGCAGCCCAUCUCCCAGGGUGCCUCGCAGGCUAUGCUCUACGCCACGGGUCUCACGGAAGCCGACAUGAACAAGGCCCAGGUCGGUAUAUCAUCGGUCUGGUACAAUGGUAACCCGUGCAACAUGCAUCUGCUGGAUCUCAAUCACAAGGUGCGCGAGGGCGUGCAGAAGGCCGGCUUGAUCGGCUACCAGUUCAACACGGUUGGAGUCAGUGACGGUAUCAGUAUGGGUACCAAGGGUAUGCGGUUCUCCCUGCAGAGUCGUGACCUGAUCGCCGAUUCCAUCGAGACCGUCAUGGGCGGCCAGUGGUACGACGCCAACAUCAGCAUUCCCGGCUGCGACAAGAACAUGCCGGGUGUCCUGAUGGCCAUGGGCCGUGUCAACCGCCCCAGUCUGAUGAUCUACGGCGGUUCCAUCAAGCCCGGUUGCGCCGCCACCCAGGACAACGCCGACAUCGACAUCGUCUCCGCCUUCCAGGCCUACGGACAGUUCAUCACCGGCAACAUCACCGAGCCCCAGCGCUUCGACAUCAUCCGCCACGCCUGCCCCGGCAAGGGCGCCUGCGGUGGCAUGUACACGGCCAACACCAUGGCUACCGCCAUCGAGACCAUGGGUAUGACUCUGCCCGGCUCGUCGUCGUUCCCAGCCGAUUCCACCGCCAAGUACAUCGAGUGCCAGGCCGCCGGCGAGGCCAUCAAGAACCUGCUCAAGGAGGACAUCCGCCCGCGGGACAUCAUGACGCGCCAGGCCUUCGAGGACGCCAUGAUCCUGGUCAACAUCACCGGUGGUUCCACCAACGCCGUGCUGCACCUGAUCGCUAUCGCCGACUCGGUCGGCGUGAAGCUGGACAUCGAGGACUUCCAGGCCGUCUCCGACCGCACUCCCUUCCUGGCCGACCUGAAGCCCUCCGGCAAGUACGUCAUGCACGACCUGCACAAGAUCGGCGGUACCCCGUCGCUGCUGAAGUUCCUGAUCAAGGAGGGCGUCAUCAGCGGCAAGGGCAUGACCGUCACUGGUCAGACCCUGGCCAAGAACCUGGAGAACGUGCCCGACUUCCCCGAGGACCAGAAGGUCAUCCGUCCCUUCUCCGACCCCAUCAAGGAGACCGGUCAUAUCCAGAUUCUGCGCGGAUCUCUCGCGCCCGGCGGCUCCGUCGGCAAGAUCACCGGUAAGGAGGGUACCACGUUCACGGGUAAGGCUCGCGUGUUCGACGACGAGGACGACUUCAUCGCUGCGCUGGAGCGCAACGAGAUCAAGCAGGAGGACAAGACCGUGGUGGUCAUCCGCUACACCGGACCUAAGGGAGGUCCUGGUAUGCCUGAGAUGCUGAAGCCCUCCUCGGCUCUCAUGGGAGCUGGUCUCGGUAACUCGUGCGCCCUGAUCACCGACGGCCGAUUCUCCGGCGGUUCUCACGGCUUCCUGAUCGGUCACAUCGUGCCUGAGGCCGCCGUUGGCGGACCCAUCGGUCUCGUGAAGGACGGCGACGUCAUCACCAUCGACGCGGGACGCCGUGCUCUCGACCUCGAGGUCGACCAGACGACUCUGGCCGAGCGACGCAAGCAGUGGGAGGCUGACCGCGAUGCCGGCAAGCUUCCUCCUACCGGUCUGACUCUGCGUGGCACUUUGGGCAAAUAUGCUCAACUCGUCCAAGACGCCAGCCACGGCUGUAUCACCGAUGCCUUGCAGAAGGACAAAUCCGACUAA